CCGCGAUUUACAUCUUAUCAAUGUUUGCGGGAAACAACUACUGAUGUUGCUGGCCGUGCACGGCGGUUAUCUCCCCUCCGAAUUCCCAUUAUCGCGGCGAAUCAUCUCUGGAAUCCGAAACAAGCCGCCGCCAUUAUCAAUAACAACAAAAGUAAACGACGUUGACAUCCGCUGCGUCCGCGACCUUUACUCUGCUUGCAAUCACUCUUGCUACCGCCGCUUCCCCAACCUCGACCCCGAUGGCCGAGUCGAUCCAGUCGACCUCAACAAACUCCGUAAAGCUCUCCUCCAUAGUUCCGUCUUCGUCGCGGUAUUUUCCCAGCCCGAAAUAUUCUCCCAUUUGUCUGGUAUUGGAGGAGAUUUGGUUCGGAUACUGUCGCCCGUGACGCCGUCCAACUGCAAACUGGUUGGGUUGGGCCGUGCAGUCUCCGAUUCUGCGCUCACUGCUUCCAUCUACGAUGUUAUGGUCAUUCCAUCAUUAAGACGGAGGGGCAUUGGCAAGAGGAUAGUUCAGAUGAUAAUUAGGAUGCUUACACGUAAAGGCAUAUAUGAUAUAGCAGCUCUCUGCUCCAAUGCAGAGAUGUAAGUUCACUAGUCUUAUUAUAUGUGGAAUUCUAUGUUUGUGCAUUGUUUUGGAGGUCAUUAUAUCCCGUUUGGAGAGUUUCCAAUUUCCAAUUUUCCCAUUUCCAAUUUAUUAUAUGUGGAAUUCUAUGUAAGUUCACUAGUCUUAUUAAGUUCAACUUUCCCGUUUCCCGUUUCCUCAUGAUUUUCGCGUUUCCGUGCAACAUAGUGUUCAAUUUUACACUGCAUUGACAAUGGUUGUAUUUUCACGGUGACGUGUAGACUUAUUUUUUUCAUGAGCUCCAUUUUAGAAAUACUCGGUGUAUUAUAGCAAAACCUUCUUAUUUAUUUAUGUAUUUUGUUUGUUUCAAUAAUGAACCUCUAUGAGAUUGACAUUUAGAAUGUGAUCUUAGGACCUCUUGCAUAUUUGCUCUGAAGAUGUGAUAAACCAGAAAUAUGUCAUCUAGCAUAAAAUAUAAUACUCCGCUUGUAUGAACAUCAAAAUGUUGUUGCUGUCUUGGAGGAUGAUUUGUGCUCUUCUUUUCAUUGUUACCUUAACUGUAAAAACUGCAAAGUUGAACUAAUUUUGGCUCAUAGUGUUCAAUUUUACACUGCACUGACAAUGAUUGUAUUUUCACAGUGACAUUUUCAUUUUUUUCAUUUUCAUUUACCCCAGUGCCGCAAAGGCUCCCACCUACGGUGGGGUAAGGGUGGUCGGAUGUACGCAGUCUUACCCCUGUACUAAAGCACAAAGAGAUUGUUUCCGGAUGACCCAUAGUGAAAAUCGCGUCCAAAAUUGCAUGGACUGAUUGUUGCUUCAUAACAAAGAAGCGCAUACAGUUUAGUGAGCCAUUUUGCUUUAUUCCAUCAUAUUCUCAAGCCAAAAAAUAAUGAAUCGUUGGCUCCAUUGCAAAUGAUGGAAAUAUGUAUUUUCACGGUGACGUGUAGACUUUUUUUUUCAUGAGCUCCAUUUUAGAAAUACUUGGUGUAUUAUAGCAAAA